CCGGUGACACGUUUGCUGACGUAGGCGCCUCUGGCGGCAAGGUGCGACACCUGCAAUAAUGGUCACAGAAGGUGGCUCGAUUUGGUCAAUAUACAGGCUGUCAGCGUGACCUUCUGCAGAGACUCAGGGUAGAACCUGACCUGCUCCUCGCCUGCCACAGCAUGCCAGACCUCUCGACCAAAAGCUAGCCUUUGACCCCGCGCUUGCUGUGUGACCGCGACCGACCCCCAAACAGUCGCUUCUGUUAUCCACUGAAGAUCCAACCAUGUUCCGGACCAAAAUCAGAAUUCAUACCUGUAAGGUGAUCCUCUUCACGUCCCUUGUGUGGUUCCUCAUCGGCGUGAUGGUGCUUAUGUACUACACCGAGUGCGUUGGCUCCAGGUGUUGUGACGACAAGAAUGGCAUUGAAAAGCCUGUGGCCGAGGAACUGAAGAUUGAGGAGAAAAAGGAUGGCCACUCGUACGGGUGGAAUUUCAAAACUUGGGUUCCGGCCCCAGUUGUGCGGGAUCAUCCUGGUCAGCCUGGCGAAAUGGGUAAAGGUGUGACCAUUCCGGAGGACCGCCAGGCAGAGGCCAAGGAGAAGUUUAAAAUAAACCAGUUCAAUUUGGUGGCCUCGGACUUGAUUUCCCUCAAUAGAUCACUGACUGAUGUUAGACUGAAUGGGUGUAAAGAUAAAGAGUACCCAGAGAAGUUGCCAACUACUAGCGUUGUAAUCGUGUUCCACAACGAAGCGUGGACCACUCUUUUGAGGACAGUUUGGAGUGUCAUCAAUAGGUCUCCGAAGGCAUUGCUGGAGGAAAUUAUCCUUGUUGAUGAUAAAAGUGAAAGAGAACACUUGGGAACUCAGCUGGAGGAGUAUUGCCGAAAACUGCCAGUUCCUGUUCACGUUUUCCGAAUGCCUAAGAGGUCUGGUUUGAUCAGAGCCAGACUGCUUGGAGCCAAACAUGUCAAGGGGCAGGUAAUCACCUUCUUGGAUGCUCACUGUGAGUGUACGGAAGGAUGGCUUGAGCCUCUCUUAGCAAGAAUCGCCGAAAACAAAAAAACAGUAGCCUGUCCGAUAAUCGAUGUCAUCUCGGACGACUCUUUUGAGUACAUAACAGCUUCAGACAUGACAUGGGGUGGUUUCAACUGGAAACUUAACUUCAGAUGGUACCGAGUGCCGCAAAGAGAAAUGCAGAGGAGAGGCGGCGACAGAACUGCUCCUCUGAGGACGCCGACCAUGGCUGGUGGCCUCUUCUCAAUCGACAGAAAUUAUUUCUACGAGCUUGGCUCUUACGACGAGGGCAUGGAUAUCUGGGGCGGAGAGAACCUGGAGAUGUCGUUCAGAGUGUGGCAGUGCGGAGGCAUUCUUGAAAUCAUUCCGUGCUCCCAUGUGGGACACGUUUUCCGAGACAAAUCUCCGUACUCCUUCCCUGGAGGUGUCUCGAAAAUCGUUCUGCACAACGCGGCCAGAGUUGCUGAGGUCUGGAUGGACGAGUGGCGCGAGUUUUACUAUUCGAUGAAUCCAGGUGCCAGAAAUGUUAACGUUGGCAACGUAACCGAUCGAAGAGAAUUGAGAAAGAAACUUGGCUGCAAAAGCUUCAGAUGGUACCUUGAGAAUGUCUACCCUGAAUCUCAAAUGCCCCUAGACUAUUAUUAUUUAGGAGAGAUCCGUAACGCCGAAACUCAAAAUUGUCUUGACACAAUGGGCCGCAAAAGUGGAGAGCUGCUUGGUGUCAGCUACUGUCAUGGCCUCGGAGGCAAUCAGGUGUUUGCCUAUACAAAAAGGCAACAGGUCAUGUCAGAUGACAACUGCUUGGAUGCGUCCAGUCAAAACGGGCCUGUUAAGCUUGUCAGAUGCCACGGCAUGGGUGGCAACCAAGAGUGGAGCUAUGACACAACUGACCGGACGAUCCGGCACAAAAACACAGGGCAGUGUUUGCAGAAACCGGACCACUCGGACUCUUCAAAGCCGUUGCUGAGGCCGUGUGAUGGAUCUGAAGGCCAACAGUGGGUAAUGGAUAGCAAGUUUAAGUGGCAGGCAAACAGAGCCUGAGGCUGUGACUAAAUUGACUCGCAAUCCAGUUGAUAAUACUUUUAAAAGCAAUACACGUUUGCUAUUAAUCGCACCGUUCAUCAAAACGGGGACUCGCUCGGCAACGAGAUUUUUUAACCAUAUCAGUGGCUUCGGGAAAUGCCACCUGUUAGAAGCAAGUUCAGCUCCAAACCUGUGCAAGCAAUGGCAUAAUAACGUUGGAUUUAGAAAAGAAAAAAAAUUAUCGAUCUUUAUCAUGCUUCAAAAUGUAAUAUUGGACUAUCAAAAGAAAGCUUAUUGCUGGAAUUGACUGCUGAAAGAGGCGGGUUCUUAUUUGGAAUGAACUUUAUAAAAGUAAUUUAAAACUAUUAAGCAAAAGUAAUUUAAAGUAAUUAUGAAACCAACUCACUUAGGUUAGAUUGAAAUUAUUCAUUUGUAUUUCGAUGUGUGAAAGCAAAUCUAAUGGUGAUUCACGAGACAAAUCUGAAAUGUUUGAAUACUAUGGGUACGUGCAUGAGCAUAAUUUUAAAUAUUAAGAAAUCUGUGUCCAAAUAGUUGAAAAUCAGCACUAAUUUAGUCUUUGAUACAAAAUUUGUGCAAUUCAGAUAAUUAUAUAUUUUUACUGCUGUGUA